ACCUGGAGAUACCUUGUCUUCAAGGAAACACAAGACGACUUUGAAGAUGAAAGCUGCUCUCCUGUACUUGUGUCUCUGUAGCCUAGUCUGGGCUGAGUCAGAGCUUCAACCUCAUUACAGGAAAGCAAAGCAGAAAUGUGUGGGAGAACACCAGAUAAUGGUCAAAGGCCGUCAUUCCAAGCAUGGGUUCUACAUAUUUAAUUAUGUGUACUCAUCUUCAGUGCCAAACAAUCAAACACAGAUUGAGAAAGAAGAAAACACAAAGAACAUUUCCAGUGCCACUGAUGGGCAGGAAAGUAAACCAAGCAAGCCUACUGACAAGCUCAUUGACCAUGCACAAGAGACAAGAAAGGGGCAAAAAGGAAAGGUGAAUGAAAGAAAGCCUGAGGACAGAACAACAUCUGAAGGCCGCCAGAGUUUGAAUGAACAUCAUGGAAACCCUCAAAAUUGGGAUCUCCACCAGCAUCACUUAAAGGUCAUUGUAGACAAAGGAAGAAAUGAAAUUGACACAGAAGUUACCACCACUGACAUAGAUGGAAGUGGGGAUGAAGGUUUGCCGGGGAAAGGUGAUACACAUCAUGGCCUCAUUGUUAGCAAGGAGCCUCAUGAACAAGGCAAAGACCAACACAUCACAAGGGGCACUGACAGUGUUAAAUCUGAGAGGAAGGAUAAAGAUGGCAAAUCUGGGAUAUCCACUAGUACUAAGCCAUCCAAACAUGGCUACAUCAAAAUUGGAGUGAAAGGCAAUGAUCUUUCUCUUUCUAGUGUAUUCCAGGAAACCAACUCUGACCAUUAUAUUCCUAAGAAAAUGAAAGAUCCACAGAGCAAAGAUUAUUCAAAGGUUUCUUUGAAAGGCAAAACUACUCCCACCAUUAAGAAGUCAGAUGGAAAAGAAGGGGGUAGUUACAUAAAUUUGUUAGGCAAAGAGGGUCAUGUAACUGCUACAUUAAAUAGUCAUCUCAGUGGACAAGGCAACCUUGCGAGGAAUAUUCCAGGAAAAGCAGAACACAGAAAUCAAAGCAAGUACACCAGCAUUUCAGACACUGAUGAAAUUAAAAGAGCUGAUGAAAAAGGUACUCACAAUACUACAGAACAUGUGGAAGGUGAAUAUGAAGCGACUAUGGUAGUUAGGAAACAGAAUGAGAAGGACCAAUCUGGAGUUGCCAAAUCACACAAAAGAGAGAAAGUGAGAGGUGAUAUAAUUAUUAGCCGUGUGGAUGUAACUGAUCAAGUCAAAUUAACUAAAAAAGAUGAAGCAAGAGAGGAUAUCUUUAAGGGGCAGUCUAAGAGCCAUAUGGAAGCAGUUAGCAUUUCCAAAAUGCCUAAAAAGGAUGAUGAUUAUAUUGGUGCCACAGAAAAGUUUAACAGUGAACUGGAGGAUCCCAUUUUCACUAAGACAGAUAAAAUAAACCACAGUGAAAUCAUCCUGGAUGGAUUUGAAAUUGCUCAAUCACAUCCUAAAGGUGACAUGACUUUUCAUGGAAGAAUUUCUGGAAGCCAAAUAUCAGGUCCCCAUAGUACACAGGAAGGCACAAAAGGGGUUAGUAGAGUUCGUAGCACUCGCAGAAAGUCAAGUACUCUUAAAGAAGAUUUUGAACUGUCCAAACCUCAUCGAAAAGAAGUUGGCAGUCAUAAUAAAAUUAACAGGAAGGGUCAUGAAAGCUCAUUGGGUGAUCGAGAGACCCAUGAAAAAGGCAAAAUAGGAUUUGAUGUUAAAUUAGAAGAGGGCAUUAUAAAAAUGAAUACAAGUUACAAUAAAGCUCCUGCAGCUGCUGCAGAUAUCAGGCAGAGUAGUAUAUAUUCUUCUGAUAGAAAGGCAAGCCAUCAGAGUCAAAAGUCUAUUCGGUUCAAAAGUGCACCGUCUUUAUCUCAUGGGUCUCAUAACAAUGUUCAACAUCCUUUUAAUAGUCCAAAGCAUAGCAGCCUUAAAAGUCGGGAGCAUUCUUCAACCUCUGUGAAAAGUGUCAAGAAAGUUACAAAGCCAAUCAAAGAGACAGCUAAGGUUAAUACUGGAUCAUAUGGAAGCAAGAUAGCUAAGCAGUACCAUGGGUAUUCAGGCACCUUGCGAAGAAAGAGCAGCCAACGUGAUAGAAUGCACCCAUCUGUUAAAAGAGGCUACAAAAGUGAUAGCAGCCAGUCAUCUGAGAGUGAUGAAAACAGUUUGCAGGAUAGUCGCCGGUCAUAUGAAGACUAUCAGAAUGACCAGGCUGAUAGUUACCAGUCAGCUGAGAGUGCUGAAGAAGGCCUUUCUCUUGAAAGCAAUGAAAGUGAUGAUCAGAGCCAAAUGGAAAACCAAAAGUCCAGUUCUCAAGAACAUUCUCAGGAACACAGAAGCAAUGCUUAAAUGGGGGGUGAGAGUAAAUUGAAAAACAAUGUACCCAGACCAUAAUUAAGAAGUAACAUUGUUGGUGUAUGGUCAGACUUACAGUGCACUCAUGUAUGUCUGCUUAAAUGUAAGUUUUACCAAAUUGAGCAGUGGGGCUUACUCCCAGGUAAUUAUUUAUAGGAUCUCAGCCUAAGACUUAGAAUUGAGUUGAAGUGGAUCACAAAUAUUUUCAGCUUUGCAUUCUUUAUAUAAUGGCAAGGACAGGCUGUCAGAGGUUCCAAAGAAUGUCUUCCUCAUUUUAUGUCUGGCUAUAAUAGCCAUAGCCAUGAUAUCUCUUUGAUGCUCCCCACUCUCCAGUGGCCACUAAGCCAUACAGAAGGGACCCCAUGAAAAGUGUGUCUUGGGGGCUGAUCAUUGCUGGGCUGUCCGACAGUGGAACACACUCCUUCCUCUAAGUGUAGUGGAAUCUCCCUCCUUGGAUGUCUUUAAACAGAGGCUGGAUGGCCGUCAGGGAUACUUUGAUUUGGAUUUCCUGCAUGGCAGGGGGUUGGACUGGAUGGCCCUUGCUGUCUCUUCCAACUCUAUGAUUCUAUGAUUCUAACAACCAGAAAAAAGAUAUAUGCAGCAGUUAUCUGGACUUAUGCCUGUCCAUGUCACUAACACCAUAAUUUCUCCUUGUUUCUAGCUUGUGUGUUUUUCCCCAUUAAUAACUUUUGUCAUCUUGACCACAGUUUGAUGUUGCUUGGCCUCAGUGUCCCAGUUUUCCACCUAUGAAAUGUUGGAAGGUAUGAUGACUUACCAAGUCCCCACUGAUUGAGUGGGUCUACUGUAGCUGCAACUUACAAUUAAACUUAGGGCUAAGUAUUUCAAUUAUCCCUAGAAGCCAAGAUGACUAAACUGAGAUUGUCGUACUUUGGAUACAUCAUGAGAAGACAUGACUCACUAGAAAAGACAAUAAUGCUUGGUAAGGUGGAAGGCAGUAGGAAAAGGGGAAGACUGCAUUUUCGAUGCAUAGACUCAAUCAAGGAAAACACAGCCCUGAAUCUGCAAGACCUUAUCAGGGCGACUGAUGACAGAUUGACUUGGAGGUCUCCCAUUCAUAGGGUUGCUAUAAGUCAAAAUUGACUUGAAGGCAGUUAACAACUACACAUUUCCUUUCUAUCAUGGCCCAUGAGAUAGAGCUGAAAUGUAAAGGAUAGUGCUAUAAAAUACUAAAGAAACCACAAAAAGUAUGGUAUCUUAACCAAUUGCCAGCCCCAGCUAGAACAGCUACAUUGACAUGACACUGUUUCCAAACUGCUGACUUCUCAUUCAGCAAUUGAUUGAGUGGACAGCAAUUCAGUUUAAGCUACUGUUCUUUCACAGGAACUUCCAGAGAAUAAAUCUGAGAAUGUAAUGGCACAUUAUUUAGAUAUAGGGCUGAAUAUAUGUUUUAUUGUAUCAAUUUUCUUUGGCUAAACAUGUAAUGAAAAAAUAGGAACAGUAUCUAUAACAUACAGUAUGCGCUGUACUAACUGAUGCUGUGGUGAUGUUGUAUACCAAUAAAG